AUGUGUAAAUCCAAGAAUGUGGUACACGCCGUUGGAGUAUCAGAGGAGAAUGAAACGGAGUCCGAUGAUGACUCAGAAGAACUGUUCAUUGGUACAGUGGAAAGCACAAGAAAUGAGAGUGACUGGUUUGAGGUAGUGAAAGUACACAACAAAAAGUUCUCGGUGAAGCUUGACUCGGGUGCCCACUGUAAUGUGGUACCAUUGUGGUUGGUAAAGCAGCUGGGAAUCGGUCUGCAUCAAUCGAAAACGAAAUGGCUGGUUUCGUUCUCAAAUCAUCGAAUGAAAGUGCUUGGAGAAAUCUACCCGGUGUGCCGCAUUAAGAACAGAGACAGCAACAUCACGUUCAAAGUGGUUGAAGAGUCCGUAGUGCCAGUGCUGGGUAAGGAUACGUGUAUUGCUCAACGACUGAUAGCGCGAGUGGAUACCGUUCAAGUGUUAGACGAAACAGUGUUCAAUGGACUUGGGUGUCUAAAGGAUUACGUGUACGAUAUAGAUCUGAUCCCGAAUGCUCAGUGGGAGACGAGACCGGCGCGUCAUGUCCCACAUAGCAUCAGAGCAGCAGUAAAGAAAGAGCUGGAUUCCAUGGAACGUCUCGGUGUUAUAGAAAAGAUUCACACAGCAACUCCGGUGGUCAACGCAAUGGUCCUGGUUAAACGAAACGACAAGCUUCGCAUAUGCAUCGACCCAUCACAGAUGACCAAAAGCGCUAGCACGGACCUAAAGCAGCACUCGGAUGCGGAUUUGGAGAUGCAGUCACUAAAGGCGGUGAUUAUGCAAGGUUGGCCGGAAUCAAGAAACGACCUAUUGCCAGAAUUACGAAAAUACUGGGGUUUUCGAGAUGAGCUGACUGUUUAUGACGGGUUAAUAUUCAAGUCGAAUCAGGUGCUCAUUCCACAUUCGAUGAGGAACGCUAUGCUGGUGAAGAUACAUAGUGGACAUUCCGGCAUUCAAAGCUGUAUUCGCAGGGCAAGGCAAGUGUUGUUUUGGAUAGGUAUGGCUAGCGACAUUCAGGAAAUGGUAGAAAAUUGCGCGAUAUGCCAGCGUCAUCAACGUAACAACACGAAGAGCACCAUUAUCCUAAAGGAUAUUCCAGGCCUUCCUUUCGAGAGAGUCGCUUCCGACCUGUUCCACUUGAAAGGAAAAGAGUAUCUUCUUCUCGUCGAUAGCUUUUCUGGAUACUUCGAUUUCAAACAACUAUCUGAAACAACAUCUAACCAAGUAAUCCAACAACUGAAAGAAUGGUUCUGCGUCCACGGCAUUCCUCAAAUUUUGGAGACGGACAAUGGUCCUCAAUAUGCUUCUGAAGCGUUUCGCCAAUUUAGCCGUCAAUGGGGUUUCGAACACCAGACAUCAAGUCCUCACUUUCCAAGAGCAAACGGAUUAGCUGAACGAAGCGUGCAAGUAGCCAAAUCGAUGCUGAAAAAGUGUAGUGAUGAUCAGUCGGAUAUACGGCUGGCAUUACUUCACAUGCGGAACACACCUCGUAGUAGUCUCAUACCAUCACCCAAUGAAAGGCUUAUGGGUCGUUUGGUACGAUCGAACAUGCCGAUGACGUUGGAAGCACUAAGGCCUAGAGUAGCAGUGAACGUUCAGCAAUUAAUGGAACGCGAAAGAAUGAUCCAGAAGAAUUACGCAGAUAGAGGAACUCAGGAACCAUCGCAGUUCGCCGAACAAGAACAGAUUCUCGUGCAGGAUCAAUCGUCGCAGAAAUGGACGCCAGGGACUGUAGUGAAACAACUUGAUCACCAUCGUUCAUAUCUGGUAUCCGAUGGCGAUAGAACAGUGAGGAGGAAUGCCCAUCACUUGCGCAAGUUACGCGGCGGUGGUCAAGUUGAAGAACCUUUGCAAGAAAAUCUACAGCCUGAAGAUGAUCUGAGCGCAUCAGUGGCUGAGGCUAGUAUCAACAGAAGACAACAUUCAACAAUCGAGGCCUACAGAGAAAACGUAACCGCGGCACCGCAGAUGACACGUUCUGGCCGCACAGUAAAACCAAAAAGAUGUAAUGAAUAUGAAUAUUACUGA